UCCAUGAUGUAGGUCCUUACAAGGACAUAAGUAUUGUUCCAGAUAAAAACUCUAGGCAAUUUCCGAAAAAAAGAACUCUAUGCGGACAUUGGUUCAGCCUUCGUGAAGAAGAAGAAAGAAAAGGAGUUGAAAACUUUUCCCACGCAGAAAAUUGACGUUUGGUUUCGAAGAAAAUUGCUUUAUUCACUUGAAAUCGGAAAACAUCGAUCCACCCAACUGGGUGUCUGGUGUAUUGCAGUAUGCAGCGUUUGAGGAGUCUAAGGAGUUCUGGGUCGUCGAUUAUUGGGCACCUAUCAGUGCCACAGUUGAGGAAAAAAGUUUCGAAUUCAGUGUCUGCUGUUCAGGACACCUUUUUUUCAACCAAGGAAAUCUUCGAGAGCCACAAAGUGGUUUUUACAAUCUCGACUUCCUUAGCAUCGAUUCUUACAGCAUGGGGUGGUUAUACUUUACGCCACAUUCAUGAAUCAAGAGUUACUGAAAGGCUUGACUCAAUUGAAAAAUCUAUGAAAAGCAAUUAUCAUAUCGAACAUUCCGACUUUAAGAAGCUUGUUAGUUCGGGAAGUUCCAACGCAGCAGCUUAUGUUGCCACUGCAGGAACCUCUUUAAUUAUCGGGUAUGGCCUUGGUUGGCGUGGUGGAAAAUGGUAUGCAAAUAGGAAGUUCAGAAGGGAGCAAAUGAAAUUGCUUGGACAAAUAAAACCUAAAAGGUGGCAACUCAAGUUUCUAAGAAGACCAUUAACAAGACCCAGACUGGGAGGAAGUACGGUUACGGUGUCAGAAGGAUUGCAAAAGGAUGCGACUGUUGCAAAUAAUCCUUGGCUGCUUUCAUUCCCUUCUGCUAGAAAAGAAUCGUCCAUUCUCCUGCAAGGAACAAAGCCAAGAAUUAUGGCCAGCAGUUUAGCCUCUGUAAUUCUUGUGAUUCUGUUCUGCGGGUCAGCAGUUGGAACAAGAACACAGUUGUUCUCGACCAAAGUUCAGGAUGGUGCGACUCUAGGGGACGAUGAUGGCAUCUGCAAGUUGAUGGUGGAGACAAAAGAUUAUGUUUGCCAAGAGCACACAGUAACAACACGAGAUGGUUAUAUUCUUAGCCUGCAGAGAAUUCCAGUGGGACGGUCAGGUGGGACACCAGGGGACAGAACACCGGUCCUGCUCCAGCACGGGCUCCUGAUGGACGGGAUAACAUGGCUGCUGAAUCCUCGAGAUCAAUCUUUGGCACUUAUUUUGGCAGAUAAUGGGUUUGAUGUCUGGAUUGCCAGUACCCGUGGAACCAAAUAUAGCCGUGGGCAUACAUCUCUUAGCCCUGAUGACGAUGCUUAUUGGGGUUGGUCAUGGGAUGAAUUGGUAGCUUAUGAUCUUCCUGCUACUUUCCAGUACGUGCAUGAUCAAACAGGACAGAAACUGCACUAUGUUGGGCAUUCUCUGGGAACUUUGAUUGCUUUGGCUUCCUUUUCGCGAGGGCAACUGUUUGACAUGCUACGAUCAGCUGCCUUGCUCAGCCCAAUUGCUUAUGUUGGUCAGAUGACCUCCCCACUUGCAAGAACUGCUGCUGAUAAUUUUCUUGCUGAAUUCCUAUAUUGGUCUGGUCUUCAUGAAUUUGAUCCAAGAGGGAAGGCUGCAAUUAAACUUCUUCAAACUAUCUGCAAAAAACCAGGUGUUAACUGUGCUGACUUGUUGACCUCUUUCACAGGUCAGAACUGCUGCCUAAAAUCCUCUGUCAUAGAUGUUUUUCUAGAGCAUGAGCCUCAGGCAACGUCAACUAAGACGUUAAUCCAUAUUGCUCAGAUGAUCAGAGACGGAACUAUCACCAUGUAUGAUUACAAUGAUGAGGAUGAGAACAGGAAACACUAUGGGCAGCCCACUCCUCCAGUCUAUGACAUGACAAACAUACCAAAUGACCUUCCUCUCUUCCUCAGCUAUGGAGGGGCGGAUGCACUUUCUGAUGUCAAUGAUGUAAAGCUCUUGCUGGACAACCUCAAAGAUCAUGAAGGAGACAAGCUUGUCGUUCACUACACAGAUAAUUAUGCUCAUGCAGACUAUGUCAUGGGUGCGAAUGCUAAGCAAGCUGUGUAUGAUCCUCUCAUGGCCUUCUUUAAGCUUCAAUGAGAACCUCAACUAGAAGAAUGAUUGUGGAUUCUUGUCUUUUUUUUCUUUCUCAUUAGCAAGUUGCAUCUCAAAAUAUGUUCAACCCAAGUUUUCUUUGUCUACCGUCAAUUGUCAUACUCCAAUUGUAAAAGUGGCUCUACGUUAAUACAGUGAAGUAUCGAAUUCCUUGUCCCUCUCUUGAGAAGUUCUUUGGUCGUUGGCGUAGGUGUUUCUUGUUAUAUUGACGAUGGAUUUUGAACAUGUACUUUUGUAUCACUAGAAAGCUUCAUUUGAAUCAUUACACUACAAUACCACCAACAACAGUAGAAUGUUCUAUCAAUUUACUCAUAGUGGUUUGAGCCAUCCAGACCAUCCUAUAUGGAGUUCUCAUUCCAUUAUCUAGCUUGUAGGCAUCUGCACUGGGCCUGAGCCUUUAAAAAAAACCUGACCAGUACUGCAGUAAGAGAGUACCUCUGCUAAGGGGAUCUGUCCCCAGGUCAUCCAUGAGAGGAAAAGUAGUAUAUCAUCAACUUUGAAGAACUUGCAGACGCAAUUCACAUACCUUGUAAAGAAUUUGAGUUAAACAUAUUUGUUUUCACAUAUCUGUUCAAAAUUUGCGUUCAUUUCUUUCUAUUAUCUAGGAACUCUGCUGUAAAAUAAAGCUUUACUGCACAUUAAAAGUUUCCAAUUCAUCGAUUCAUUUUCU